CGUCCUGUGGUCCGGGCCUGCAGCUUCCACAGUGGGCUGGUUUUCCAACAGUCCGCGCUUUGUGUUUCUACCCACUGCGUCUGCAGCCACGCUACAACUUCUCCAUGAGACUGUUCUGAUCCUCUGAUGAUGAGAAUGCUGUUGAGGGUCUGUCUCAUUGCAGCCCUGCUAGCAUGCUAUGUCCUGUUAAGCUGUGCUUCAGAACAUGAAAAGAGGAAGGGUGAAGAAUUUCAGAGCAAUGACAAGAACGCCGCCAGCAACAUCAAGGUGAAGAGAAAUAACUCAACAGUACAUGAUGGGAAAUCCAAGCUUGUGACUCCAAGGAAGAAGGUCAAGAAGAUAGGAAGUAAGAUAAUAUCCGCCAGACCGAAAGGUGACGCCAGCUGCACCAGGCUGGGAGGCAUCUGCCAACCGAACCGAUACAUCUGCCAAGGCCGAUACCUAAAAGACAAGUGUUCAGGGGCCAAGACGCGGCAGUGUUGUAUGCCGGUUGGAGCCUGGAGUGUUCUUUGUGCUGGUCACCACAACAACAGAGUGAGGGCAUGUGAUGUGCACGGCUGUGGCGCUUUCAACUCCAAAAGAGGUAAUGGCCUCCAUAAAGCAGUGGACCUGGUGUGUGAUGACUAUGGUAUUGUCAACGCUCCAUUCUCAGGCUCCCUGGCAGGUCCAGUGAGUCGGAAAGACCCAGCUGGGAAUCAGUUUGAUGGGGUCAAACUUCUCAGUGAUGUGCACUGUGUGAAGAUCUUCAACAUCCGCCCUUACCAAUACAUCGGCCCAGUGGCUCAGGGAGAAGCCUUGGGUUAUCUGUUGCCGCUACAGGAGCGCUUCUCCGGCAUCACCUCACACAUGGAACUGCAAAUGUGUGACAGCACUGACCCUUCACCUUUCAUAUGACCUCUCUAGCUUUGAUCUUUCAUGCAACUUGUGACCCUUAAGAUUUUGAAACACCUGACAUUUGACCCAUGACCUUGUAAAUGUAAUCACGAUUAUGACGCCCUACGUUAGCUCUUACUUUCCAAUGUGAUGAAAUGAACCCUUUUUAUUCAACUUAUGAUUUCUUAUUGCAUUUAACAUCUAGCCUAUGAUGCAACAUUCUCAAUUCUUCAUCUGCAGAGUAUAGUCAUACAAGACUUUGGUCUCUCUGGUGACAGCAUUUAAAUUGUCUCACAUCUUGAGAACUAUGUGAUGUUUUUCCCCCUAAUAACAGCAAUUUAUUUAAGUACAUUGCUCUUACAAGCUUGUGUUGGCCAACUUCUGUGUGACUGAUGAUUCCUUAUCUCCAUUUAUUCAUUUUUGAAACUUUUUAUAUAUUUUUGUAUUAUCAUUUUUCUACUGAAUGACUUUUUUUAUUAACUGGAAUAACAGAACAUUUUGAUACUCCUCCUCCUUCAAUAUGAAAAUGUUCCAUUACUCAGUGUGGACUCAGUUAACCUUUUUUACAUACUCUGUCUAGAUUUGAAUGAUGCAGUAAAAUCUUGGUUUCAUUUCUGCUUUUGAUUAAAAUGGUUUGUUUCCUAUAA